AUGGGAUAUUUUCUAUUGUAUGAAAAUAUGUUAAACACGGUCCUCUAUGCACGAGAUAAAUGGCUUGUCAGUGAUGGAAUUCUUCUACCAGACAAAGCUUUCCUUUAUUUGACAGCCAUUGAGGAUGCAGACUACAAAGAAGAUAAGAUUGAAUUUUGGAAUAAUGUGUAUGGCUUUAACAUGAGUUGCACCAAGAAGCAAGCCAUCAUGGAACCUCUUGUUGAUACUGUUGAUCAGAAACAAAUUGUCACAGACUGCCAGCUCCUCAAGAUUAUGGAUAUCUCUCAAAUGGUUUCUGGGGACGCUUCCUUCACAGUUCCUUUUAAGCUUGUGGCUGAGCGGGAUGAUUACAUCCAUGCCUUGGUGGCCUACUUUGAUGUGUCAUUUACCAAAUGUCGCAAGUUAAUGGGCUUCUCUACAGGUUAA